AUGCAAGGCACACCGGGCCUGCUACGCCUUCCCGAAGAGCUUCUCGAUGCUAUUGUCCAAUACCUGAAUCCCUCCGAAACGAUCGCCCUCGGUCGAAGUUGCAAGCAGGCAGAUAAGGCUAUAAAUUCACCGCUAGUAUGGAGACGGCAUUGCGUGGAGACAUGGAAGGGGUGGCACAGAAAACACGAAUUGGCGCAAAAGCUAGUACUCCCUCCAACGCAAACCGAGUGGCGAGACUUGUUCAAUGGGCGUCGCAAGAACGAUCGCGCUUUGCUGGAUGUCUUUGAUGAGAUGCUCCUGACACAGCGAUAUCGAUACCAACGGAUGGAGCUGAUUGCUAGCCAUGGACCCGACGCCGUGGAUAUGCUUGCUAGGAUGCGGACGGCUACACCAGACUCGGACGACUAUGUGCUUGCACGAAGAUAUUAUGCCGGCGCCAUACUGGGACAAAUACGGCGCGCGAAAGCUCUUGACAUUUGGACAAGACUAGGUCGAGGGGACUCGAUGCGGAUCGAUGAGGCACUUGGCGCAUAUGACCUGUUCGUAUAUUCAGAAUACAACCUGGGUGUCGACGAUCUUUCAGGCCAACUAGACAGCUUGGCGCACAAGAUCCAGGCCUUCAGACAAGACUUCAAUACACUCUCUAUUCGGGAGAGGGCUAUUUUGAUAGCUGACAUCAUGAGAGCUCAGGACCUGUUGGGCCUGUCUGAAGACCAGGAGUACCACGCACUACAAAAUAAUUUCUUGAGCACGGCUUUCAGGGCACAUUCAUCACUUCCUCUCCAAUCAGUCGCUCUCUAUUGCGCGAUUGCCCAGAGGCUUGGUAUAAACGCCAGCCCAUCGAACUAUCCACAGCACGUCCAUACCGUGAUUCAAGCUCCGACCGACCGGACACUCGACGGCGAUGCUCGCGACCCUGAGGUACAGGUUAACGCUCAGCAGGGAUAUAUGUACAUGGAUCCAUGGCGGUCUAGCGAAGAGGUAGCUGGUGAUCAGCUGCAACUCCGUUUAACUCAGAUGGGCAUUCCAGCCAGUGAGCACGUGAGUUAUCUUGGGCCUGCAUCAAUUCUUGAAAUGACACUGCGCACUGGACGUAAUAUUAUGGUCUCAGUCGAAGAGGCUCGCCAUCGACCUACCAAUGGUUCGACAUACCCAGACGUUGAAACAGCCUGGUACGCUAUGCUAUGGGUUAUGGUCAUCCUGGGCGACUCGGAUGAUCGCGCAGCUUUCACUCGACGCCGCCAGUUCAUUCCGUACUUGGUUCAGCACUUUCAGUCUCAUUAUCCUGAAGACAUUCAUCUGAUGGAAUUGGUACCAACAUUAUUUGAACAGCAACGAGAGCGCCAGGUAUUGAUAGACAUGCUCGCCGCCUCCCGCGACGAGGAUUGCUCAGAAAGAAUUGCCAAGCUACGUGACACUUCGAACGCGGGAGUGCAAUUCAGUAUUGGUCACUAUUUCAGGCACAAACAAUAUAAGUAUCGUGGCUUUGUGAUUGGGUGGGAUGCUCAAUGCAUGCAGCCUGCUCACUGGAUCAGUCAGAUGCGUGUGGAUGAUUUGCCCAGAGGCCGGUCGCAACCCUUCUACAACGUAGUUGCCGAAGACAAGAGUACACGGUAUGUUGCAGAGGAAAACAUUGAGAUACUCGAUGCGCGACCAUCGGAUAUCCUCAUGGAGAUUGCAGGACGUUAUUUUAAGCGAUGGAGUGAUAACGAGCACAAGUUUGAGAGCAACAUGCUCGACGACUAUCCUAAUAAUUAA